UAGUCAAUAAUCCCCAUGAUUAGGUGUACACAUGAGCCUUGAGAAGCUCAGCAUGCCCCCGCGCACGAAUUGACCAAAGCAAGCCCGGCACGGGUGUAACAAUAUUUGUCGAGGGUAUGGUGUGCCAAACGAAACCAGGAUGGCCGCCGAGGCUCCGCUUGUCCUAUACAGAUCGCUGAAACACGAGCACGAGGAGACGUUCCUCUACUUUGCCGUGCAACGGAACAAGGAAUCGAAGGUUCUAUCAAACAUCAGUCGACCAUUACUCCUUCCCUACUCGGUCAAGACUGAUACUUCCCUGGAUGACCCUGUUACGGGCCUCACAGGCCAUGUGUCGUCCCAACACGCCCGUGAAUGCGGAAAAGAAAUGAACAACGUCCAUAAAUUCUAUCGCAUGGUAUCAUGAUCGUUCCUCCCCGUCCUGAUAUUCGUGUUCCUCAUCUUCAUCUUUGUCCUCACUCUUCAGGAACGCACUUGAUGAGCUUUAACGCCGUGUUCUUCGGGCCUGAUACCCACAC